AUGGCGAUCUCUCUCUCCAAUGUCAAGUACUUAGACAUCGCUUUGCCUGUCCGGAGUAUCGACUACCCUGCAAUGCAGGAUGGUCCAUUGUACCGAAUUAUGUUUAACGCCAUCCUGCGAGACGAGGAGCGUGAGAAUAUUGUGAAAUGGCAUACUGUUAGCAUGGAGCGUGCCUUCUACAGUGGCACAUAUCUUUGCAAGGCCUGCGUAGUCGACGGUACACCGCUCGGAUUUGCUGGCUGGGCAUUGGAUAACACAACUAUUUGCAGUAAGCCAGAUCAACCGAAAAAGAGCUCCAAAGAAGGAAAUUACCUUCCAGACACACUUGAUAUAACUGCGUGGCUGAAGGCAUCUAAAGCUCUGAUGAAUGAGCGGAAACGCAUCCUCAGUAACCUUAAUAAUGUAUUGCGUUUAACUUUCAUGUCUGUACAUACGGAACACCGGAACCAAGGAGUUGGUUCAUUCAUGAUGAAAUGGAUUUGUCAAGAGGCCGACCGACACAAUAGGCCUAUAUAUGUACUGGCAUCGCCAGCAGGCAUCCCUCUAUAUUCAAAGUUCGACUUUGAGACUGUCGGCCAGGUAGACACAGGGAAGGGCGUGAUCACAAGUAUGUUACGGAAAAGCAGAUAA